AAAUACAUUUCAAUCAAAAUAAUAAUAGUAAUGAGAAUAUUUUUAAACAUAAUCUGAAUUUAUUUCAUUAGGGAUUCAGAUCUGAAACUCUCUUUUUUCAAUCAAAAAUAGAGAGGAGAAAUUGGAAAAAUGGCGACAGUGUCCCCACUGGCGAAAUACAAACUGGUGUUCUUAGGCGAUCAAUCCGCAGGCAAAACCAGCAUCAUCACACGCUUCAUGUACGAUAAAUUCGACACCACUUACCAGGCCACCAUUGGAAUUGAUUUUUUGUCAAAAACAAUGUAUCUUGAAGAUCGAACGGUUCGUUUGCAGCUUUGGGAUACUGCUGGACAGGAGAGGUUUAGGAGUCUUAUUCCAAGUUAUAUCAGAGAUUCUUCUGUCGCAGUAAUAGUCUAUGAUGUAGCUAAUAGGCAAUCGUUUUUGAAUACUUCUAAGUGGGUUGAGGAGGUACGUACGGAACGAGGCAGCGAUGUCAUUAUUGUCCUUGUUGGCAACAAAACUGAUCUAGUUGAUAAGAGGCAGGUUUCUAUAGAGGAAGGAGAUAACAAAGCUAAGGAACUUGAAGUUAUGUUUAUAGAAACCAGUGCAAAAGCAGGAUUCAAUAUCAAGCCUCUAUUCCGCAAGAUCGCGGCUGCCUUACCGGGGAUGGAAACUCUUUCUUCAACAAAACAAGAAGACAUGGUUGAUGUGAACUUGAAAUCCACCGCCAAUUCUUCCCAAACGGAGCAGCAAGGAGGUGGUUGUCCAUGUUAAAGACGAAUGUGUAGUAAAAAAAAAUAAAAAGCAUU